AUGGCCGGGAGACCACCAGGAUUCGAAGGAAAAAGCCAAAGAAGGCCAGAGAACGGCUUCACUUAUCAGCAAGUGUCAGACUUGCUCUCUAUCCUCGCCGACAGAGGGAAUCCCAAUCAUGUAAAAGCAUUUGACUGGGUACUGGACUGGGCAUAUUCCGAUGAUCUUUCUCCAAAGAAAGUUCUUCGCAAUGUACCAGAGUACAUUGUGAAUCAUUAUGGAUUCCGAAACCGUGACGCUUUGGCCGAUAAGCGAUUCCGCUGGGAAUGGCUCAUUGAGAGUUUUUUAUAUAAAGAAGAUCGGAACCCAGAAAACACACACUGGUACAUCGAGGGGCCGUCGAAGGACAAAAAGGACAAGGCUUCAGAAUCGAGUGGUAGUAAACGUGAUACAGAUUCGAGUACGCACCGCUCGGACCACUCUCGUCGCACCCUUGGUUCCUCAAGUCACCAAUCUGGUAAGCCACCACGCAAAAAGCGUUAA